AUGGCGACGGCCGAGGCGGCGGCGGCGGCGGAGAUCGUGCGGGAGAUCGCGGCGGUGGGCGCAGCCGACCUGGCCGCCGCCGCCGACCCGCUGCGGGCCGACUGCCUGCGCCUCGCAAGGAAGGUCUCCCUGCUCCCGCACCUCCUCGCCGAGGUCGCCGACGCGGGACCCGCCGCGGGGGAGCCCGAGGCCGUCGCCUGGGUGGCCGAGCUGCUCAGGGCGCUCCAGGCCGCCAAGAGAUUCAUCGCGCUCGGCCGCGCACCCCCGGCGCCGCCCGCGACGGGGGACGCGGAUCAGGAUGUCAUCGACAAGAAUAUUGCUGUUCAGUUCAAGUACGUGACUUGGCAGUUGCAAGCAGCUCUAACAAACCUACCACAUAGCUGUUUUCAAAUAUCUGAUGAAGUUCAAGAGGAGGUUGAUUUAGUUCGGGGUCAGCUUAAAAGGGAAAUGGAGAAGAAGGGAGCCUUUGAUGUAAACGUUUUUUUAAAAAUUCAUGAUAUCUUAGUUCGUCAUGCCGAUACUGUUGGAUCACAAUCUCAAGAACCAGAUAGCCAGGCAGAGACAUUACAGAUGGAAAACUUCAGCAGUGAUCAACUGGAGUUGCAAAAUGUUGCUUUACUAGUUUCAGAAAUUAGCGGGAUAGCUAAAUCUGACAUCAAGAAAAUAACAUCUGAGCUAAUUGAAGGACUAGAAAACACAAUAGUUACUGAUUCCGCAAAACCUGUCGAUGUUGAGAGCCAAAAAAGUGAUGACACAAAAGGCUCACCUGACGAAGUUAAGAAGCCCGAAUCUGUAGCUAUGCCUGAAGAUUUUCGUUGCCCAAUAUCUCUUGAGCUGAUGAGAGAUCCUGUCAUUGUGUCAACAGGACAGACAUAUGAGCGUGCUUUCAUUCAAAGGUGGAUUGAUGGUGGGAACCGGACCUGUCCAAAAACUCAACAGAAGCUCCAAAACCUUACAUUAACCCCGAACUAUGUCUUGAGAAGUUUGAUAUUACAGUGGUGUGAGGAAAAAGGGAUUGAACCACCUACAAGAUCUAAGUAUGAAGGUUCUUCCGUAGAGGUUGGUGAGGACCGAUUAGCAAUCGAAGCGUUAGUUCGCAAUCUCUCUUGCAGCUCGUUGGAUGAACGGAAAUCUGCAGCUGCUGAAAUAAGAUCUUUGGCCAAGAAAAGUACAGACAACCGUAUGCUUCUAGCAGAGUCUGGUGCUAUUCCUGCUCUAGUGAAACUGUUGUCUUCAAAAGACCCGAAAACCCAAGAACAUGCAGUUACCUCCCUUUUGAACCUCUCGAUAUAUGAUCAAAAUAAGGAACUGAUAGUGGUGGGUGGCGCCAUAGUCCCAAUCAUACAAGUGCUUAGGGCGGGUAGCAUGGAAGCAAGAGAAAAUGCAGCUGCGGCUAUUUUUAGCUUGUCACUAAUCGAUGAUAACAAGAUUAUGAUAGGAAGCACCCCUGGGGCGAUUGAAGCUUUGGUUGAGCUGCUGCAGGGUGGCAGUUCAAGAGGCAGAAAAGAUGCAGCAACAGCGCUGUUCAAUUUAUGCAUAUACCAAGCAAACAAGGUCCGUGCGGUUCGAGCAGGAAUAUUGUCGCCACUGGUUCAAAUGCUGCAAGAUUCAUCUAGCAAUGGAGCUACCGACGAAGCACUGACGAUCUUGUCAGUCCUCGUGAGUCACCACGAGUGUAAAACCGCCAUAGCCAAGGCUCACACCAUUCCUUUCUUGAUAGAUUUGUUAAGAUCGAGCCAGGCCCGCAACAAGGAGAACGCCGCUGCUAUUUUACUUGCCCUAUGCAAGAAGGAUGCACAGAAUCUGGCUUGCAUAGGAAGGCUGGGUGCUCAAAUACCACUAACCGAGCUCUCCAAGACAGGCUCGGACAGAGCCAAGCGCAAGGCGACUUCUCUCCUGGAGCAUCUCAGUAAGUUGCAGGUGCUCUAGUCUCCUUGCCCAUCGCAUACCAUUUUGCACGUGUGCGUGGAUUUUACGUGUACGUAUACAUACAAAAGAUUUGUAACUUCAUCUGUUAUUCGGUGUGAAAUUAGUGGGAUGGUAACGAGGUUUCGGACAACCUGAAAUGUGUUUGUUGGUGGAUACAAUAAAAGGGUUGGCGCUGAUGAAUCU